CAACAUUUAGGGCCACUUUCCUCCGGGUCCGGCCGAUGGCGCCGAUUCUGGCACCUGCCGUGCCGCGACGCCGGGAGCUGCAUCCCAAGCCCAUCUUCGAUGAGCCCUCGCUGCGCAGCUUCCUGACGGGCCAUGGAGCCAAAACGGUUCACAUGGGCCGAAUUUGGAGGCACGUUUGCACGCAGCUGCGCUGUGGCGUUCCGCCCACGGCCAUCGAGCUGCAGGAGGUGCCUGGAUUACCGCAGGGUUUGGGCCCCGCGCUUGCGGCCAACUUUGCAGUCUUGACCUCCACGCUCUUGCAAACGCACGUCUCGGAGCUGGACGGAACAAUGAAGCUUCUGAUUCAGCUCCAGGAUGGGAGUGAGGUGGAGGCAGUGGUCAUCCAUCACACUGGAGAGGCCGAAGAUCCUGGACAGCGCCAGGCCGACCGCUGCGGUGAACGGGACACCCUGUGCGUUUCGUCCCAAGUGGGCUGCCGCUUGAAGUGCCGCUUCUGCGCCACAGGCACCAUGGGCUUGUUGGGCAACCUUUGGGCGGGCGAAAUCCAAGAGCAGCUGGUCCAUGCACGGAUGCGCAAGGGCCAUGCGGACUCGGUCUGCAACGUGGUCUUCAUGGGCAUGGGCGAACCGCUGGAGAACUACGAGGCCGUGAGCUCUGCGGUGAAGGGCUUCGUGGAUCCAAUGCGCUUCGGCCUGGCGCCCAGCAGCCUGACCGUGUCCACAGUGGGGAGCUCGCCACAAAACAUGCAGCGCUUAUUGGAGGAGCUCCCGAAGAUUCGACUUGCGGUGAGCCUCCAUGCGCCCAACCAAACCUUGAGAGAAGAGCUGGUGCCUGCGGCCAAGGCUAUUCCGAUCGACAAGCUCUUGGCCAUAGUGGACGAUUAUGCGAAGAGGGGAGAGGGCAAGCGCUUGCGGACCGUGAUGAUGUCCUACGUGCUGUUAAAGGACGUCAACGACUCGGUGCUGCACGCGCGGGAGCUGUCGGAGCUCUUGGCCAACAAGCCGGUCAUUGUGAACCUCAUUCCCUACAAUCCCUUCGAAGGCAACGUCUACGGCUACGAGGAACCCUCUCCACAGACUGUGGAUCGGUUCUUGCAGGUCCUGGCCGAACACAACAUCAGGGUCUUCGAGCGGCGGCAUCAUGGCCGGGACAUCGCAGCGGCCUGCGGCCAGCUGGCCAAAAUCAGCAAAGCAAGCCCUUCACAUGCUGACAUUGAGAACUGUGGCGUGGCACUGAACAAGGAGCUGGUUCGGAGGAAGUCUUCACGGCUUCGGGAGACUUCCAACUGGCAGCCUUGGUUGGUGUUGGGCGCUUUCAGUGUGCUCGUAGUGAGUGCUGCAGUUUACCACCGUGGGCGGUCUGCCAGGUGAGAGUUGGUUCCAUGAAUUGCUGGAAAGCAUCAGGUGCUAAGAGACACAUGUUGUUCAACUCCUAUAUGUUUAAAACAUGAUUUAGGUGUUUAAUUAGUCUAGGUGCCAAGAGACAUAGCCUCCC